CAGCAGACAGCCACUUUCGAAUCAGUUUCGUGAGAGCGUUGGUCGCGAGUGGUUCAGGUCGGUUCUGGUCCUACGGCUCUUGUCGGUUGCGUUUUUUUGCCUUAUGGUGGCGACGGGAGGGUGGUAAACUCCUGAAUUAGGAAAAAGGUCCUUUGAGGCUGUUCCUGUGCAGAAGAAAGUGGAUAGUUUGGGAUGUUUUUGUGCUUCACGUCCAUGUUCACGUCGGAGUGUGAGGUGAAUGAAUCCUUCUGGGCGGAGAAUUUUAUCAGUGGAUAGUAAGAGAUAGCUCUUCAACGGGCACAACAUCUUGGAUCUUGAAGAAGUGAGGGCAGGGCGGCUGAAAUCAGUGCAGUUAUGAAUGAAUGAAGAUCAGAUUAAUUGGAUGCAUUACAAAUCGAUUAUAAUUGAUGAAUGGGGAAUGGCAAGCGCAGUGAAUGGGGAUGCGGUAAUAAAUUGAUUAAGAAGCAGAAAUCAGUUUGAAUAGUGAUUAAUGUGGUUCGGUUAUUGAAAACCCACAGUGGAAGAGGCUUGAAGCGAUAAAUAAUAAAUAAAGGAGUGUUGAACCAAGCGGAGAGCAGCGACGGCGUGAAGAGCACAGUGUUCUUGUCGUCGGGAUUGGUUGGAAGGUGAACCGUGGAAGCUACGUGAAGAGGAAAUCGAUAAAAUUUUCAGCGCUGGGAAAAUUAAGCGAGAGAUGAAAAUGUUUCCUGACUCCCAGCCGUAUGAGGGUGUUUCCUGUUAUAUGGUGUAGAGAUUAAUUCCGGGGAGAAAAACCUGGCGUAUGCGACAAGGAAGGAAGGACGGAAGAAGGCCAACUUGUUUAAAGUGUGAGAUGAUUUGCAUAUAAAUUGGAUCCGAGGAUAAAGUGAAACGGAAAAAGUUGUUAAAUGGUUUAGUGACCGAAAAAUAGUUGAAUGUGUGAAUUUAUUAAAAUUUACGCGAGAGAUUGUUCAAAAGGAUUCUAGCAUGGAGGAGGAACUACGCUGCCCUGUUUGCAAGCAACUGUUCUCUAGUCCGGUGCUGCUGCCGUGCUAUCAUGCGCUUUGCUUAGCGUGUGCCCUGGACAUCCAGACAACAGCAAAUCAAGUCCACCACGCUCCGGCAGCUCAUUUGCAUCAACAGCACUCGUCGCAGUCGUCAGCUUCAUCAGUUAGCACUGGCAGCUCAAGUGCGACCGAGAGCGUUUCAUCAGAUCAGGAUCAGGCCGACAAAGUUAGCAUUUUGAGCGAGGCAGACUCCGGGGUUAUUUGCUGCACUUCUCGUCCAGGCUCGUACGCCGGCACUCCGAAUCUUCAAGGGCUUUUGUUCCCGCCGUCCGGCUCGGGAUCGGUAUUCUCUCUUGCUUGCCCCGUUUGCCGUAAGAUCGUAUUCUUUGACGAGCUUGGCGCCAGAAAUUUGCCACUGUAUCGGGCGAUGGAAUCCAUUGUGGAUCGCUUCUGCGAACGUGAAGCCUUGAGAUGUCAGAUGUGUGAAACCGAACCGCCGAAGGUAGCAUCCGUUGUUUGCGAGCAGUGUGAAAUACGCUAUUGCGAUGGAUGUCGUGAACUUUGUCAUCCGGCACGUGGACCACUGGCUAAGCACACACUUACCAAGCCACGUGGCGCCUCUCAGCUUCGAGAGUCGAUCUGCGGUGAACAUAACGAGCCGCUUGCAAUGUACUGCAUGGGCUGCAAGCUGCCCAUCUGCACCCAGUGUAUGGCCGACAACCGUCAUCAGUCCCACGACUUGCAAUCCAUCAUGGCGAUGUGCAAAGCUCAAAAGACUGAAUUAUCCCACAACCUGCAACAGCUGUCAGAGAAAGCGAGAUCGACGACAGAAUUUAUCCAAAGACUGAAAGGAAUGAGCGAUAAAGUAACGGAAUCCUGCAUCGAGUUUGAACGAGUGGUAACGGCACAGUGUGAAGCGCUAAUAGAGUCCAUAACCGCACGGAGGGAGGUCCUACUGGAAGCCAUCCGACAAGACAAAGAUACCAAAAUUAGAACACUUAAGGACCAACAAGCGAGUUGUACAGGGAAACUGCAACAAACCACCGGAUUAAUACAGUUCUGCAUCGAAGCGUUAAAAGAGACUGAUAGUGCGGCGUUUUUACAGGUUGGCUCGAUGCUGAUUAACAGGGUAGCGAACACUGACAUGACGUGGCAUCAGGAGGUGACGAAUGCCGCGCCCCGGGUGUCUCCCAUCAUCGAUCUCACGCUGGACGACACCUCGGUCAUCCGGGCGAUCGAUAAUCUCAACUUCAUUCAGAUGAAACCCGCUAAAGAAGGAGAAGAACGACUGCCAGCAGUUCCCUUGGCACCGAUCAUCAUCCCGGAGGACUGCUCCGCAGAAAACAACUCGGUAACUGUUGCGUGGCAGCCACCGAGCCACUCGUUUGUGCAGGGCUACGUUCUGGAGCUGGACGACGGAAGUGGUGGCGAAUUUAGGGAAGUGUACUGCGGAAAAGAGACAAUCUGCACCGUCGAUGGGCUGCACUUCAACUCGAUGUACAACGCCCGCGUCAAGGCCUUCAACAGCACCGGCGAGGGCGAAUACUCGGAACUCAUUGGCUUGCAGACGGCGGAAGUGGCGUGGUUCACCUUUGACUCGAGCCUCAGCGGCGGACCCGGCUCUGGACUGAACUUUAUCAACGACAACCGAACCGUUUCGGUCGACGGCUGGGAGCACCGGGUAGCCCUCGGUUCGGUCGGGUUCUCUCGCGGAGUGCACUACUGGGAGUUUACCAUCGACAAAUACACGGCCGACACCGAUCCCGCCUUCGGAAUCGCUCGGAUUGAUGUGGCCCGCGAUAAGAUGCUGGGCAAGGACGAUAAGGGUUUUGCCAUGUACAUCGAUCGUCAGCGGUCAUGGUUCCAGCACAAUUCCGUGCACGAGCGCCGGGUCGAGGGGGGAAUCUCCUCCGGCAGCACCAUCGGCGUGCUGUUGGAUCUCGAACGGCACACGUUGCACUUCAUCGUCAACGAGAUGCCCCAGGGGUCGGUCGCGUUCCGUGACCUGUACGGGGUCUUUUAUCCGGCCGUCAGCGUUAAUCGUGGCGUCACUCUGACACUUCACACCGGGCUCGAUGCACCGCACAUGGAUUACCACUAGGGUUAGUUGGGUUAUCUUAGAAGGGGUAGUGUUUGCGCUGAUGGUAAGGAAUGGAGUGAAAAAUGAUGGCACAGUGGUCCAGAAUGAUAGUUGGAAGACGUUACAAUAGAUAAUUAAUAUUUUUUGUGAUAUGUUGCUGCUUUCUGAAUAAUAUGUUUGAUGUAGAAUUUGAGCUAAUUGUAUCGGUGUCCUUUAGGCAGUCGUUAGAAAUCAAAACUGGUUUAAAACUGUCCCCACGUUUCGUUUCUACUUCGAGUCUUCUUCAAGGGGGAAUUACUGUGGCAUCUUUUUUAGAUGUCUAAAAAAAAUGUAAAAUCAUUGCAUUGAAAUCCAGACUACAUAUUAUAAUUUA